CAUGCCACAGUAAUGUCCCAACUGUCUCUGCUUCAACUUUUACUGUUUGCUUUUCCCAAUUUCAUGCCUAUAAAUACCUUUCCAUCCUUCCUCUCAUCAAUCAAACCUCACCACUUAAAACAUCAAUUUUCUCUCUUUGUUCCAAACAUUAUAAGCAAAAAAUACAACAACAACAAAAAAAAAAUGGUCUGUUUUUGUUUCCUCGUUGAUCAAACAAAACAGGUGUGCAAGAGCAAACCCGCCGCCGGAACAUGUUCACGUUGCGGCGGCGGUGCUAGUGUAGCAGACAUGAAGACUGCUACAAGGUUUUGUUAUGUCCCUUUUUACUGGAAAAAUUGGAGAGCUAUUGUAUGUACGUUUUGUGGUGCAAUUCUUCGCUCUUACCGAUGAAUAAGUCAUGUUAGUGUCCCAUAUUGGUUGAAGGAAUGAGACGUAAUCUUCUAAUAAGAUUCUUAGCUAAAUAAUUUUUGGGGUUGAGUUAGUGUUCUCUCGUUUAACCGGAUUUUAUUAUUUUCUUUCCUUUUUUCUUCUUAUUCUUUUUUCUUUGAGGGAUUGAUAAAUUUUAGAUGAUGAUUUAAUUUUAGUAUUUUUUUUAUUAUUAAUGUACUAACAGGCGCUACUGUAAAUAUAUUUGGGAAUUAAUAUUGGAUCUCUGUUUACCUUACAAAA